AUGAGCGGCGCGAAUCACGUGCUGCAGCGCGGAAGGGCGGGAGAAUUCGAUACCGAAGACCAGUGGAUGAAACUCCUCGAAACCCAAAUUCCAGAAUUCGACGCGAUUUUGCGACAAAACAAUGUGCUGAAAACCGCGAUUCACGUCUUCUACGAAUCGAUUCCCACCAAAAUCCAAGACUUCCCCGCGGCAAAUCCCGAGUUGAUGGAUUGGGCGACCGAAAAACUCCUCAAUGAAACCUCCGAAACUCCCGCGGUUUGUUUGUUCUGCGGAAAUCCAUAUUCCGACGUGACCAACACGAGCGAAGCCGCGGGAUUUGUGUGCAAUUGUUGUUCGUAUUCCCGCGGGAAUCGCCUGAUUGGAUUGUGGGUCGAUUUGUUCGUCGAUUUGCAGUGGAAAACAGGCGAGAAGGGGAGUGUGUGGAACAUUGUGCUGAUGGACUGGUUCUGGGUGCUGCGAUGUCGCGCCGAUGUCGUCGCGGAAGCGGCGUUUCAUAAACCGAAACGAAUUCGAUUGGUGGAAGAGGACUGCGCUCUCCGGUUUCACACGAUAAAGGAGUCAGAGCAGCAGAAGGAAGCGGUUUGUAAAAUAUGCGGGAACACUGGGAAUGACUCGGACUUCAAGUUCUGCAAUUGUUGCAACAAGGGAUUUCAUAAGAGCUGCUUGAAUGGUCAACCGUCGAGUGAACCGACUGGAAGCCUCGCAGAUGGCAGUGAAGGGCAGGAGAAAUGGUUCUGUGAAGAGUGCACUACAAGAUCAAAAACGCUUGUGUUUAAUCGGGUUAAUUAG